AAACUGUUGCUAAGGGGAAUUUGCUCUUUUCCCCAUUUCUUUUCCUGUCUCUCUUUCUCUUUCUUUUUCCUGGUCGAGGUUUAAAAAUAUACCAAGUUGAGAAGCCGUGUGCAACUGUGCCCAGACAAAUUUACAGAGUUAUUUUUUUUCUUUUUGGAUCACACUUUAAGAAUUGGUAAAUUUUGUGGUUGAAGGAUUUAAAUUUUAGUCGCUUGGGGAAGUAUAGAUUUGUUUUUAAUCGGGUUAAAGCGAUAAUGUAAAUUUCUACCACAGGCAACCGAGAGAUUUGAGGCACCCUGACAAAGCCUUUGGCAUGCGUUUUUAGACACACUCCCUCAGAACCAAAAACCAAGUGCUGUGAAUGUGGCAAGUGUGCAAGGCCAAUAGAUUAAAUAUACGGGGUUAUUUUAAUUGGAAUACUCAUUUCCCUGGAGAGAAGGGAAAGUCCUCUCAGUGUCUUGCACACACAAUUUCAUGAGGACAUUUGUGUGUAUGUGCGCUUAAAAGCAUACCAUUUCGUAUGGCUUCAUCUUCGGGUUUAUUCUUUGUGUAUAUGUAAAGUAUGUGUAUAUGUGCUGUAUCGGAUUUUAUUUUAAAAGUGUUUUCUUUGAUUUUAUGUGUGUAAAGUAGACCUUAGGAUGUCGUUUUUCCCCUCUGUGUUCCCAAACGUGAUCAAAACAGGGUUUCAAAUGCAAAGUAAAGCUUAGAGGAAAUCCUGCACUUAGCAUACUUAAGAAUUUUCAUUCUAUUAGAAUUUACCUUAUUUUCUGCUUCUUUUUGUAUCAGAUUAACGAAUAAUUAAAUAGUUGCCCCAAAGCAUGCAGUCAGUGUGUUUGGCAAGUGAAGGUAGGGGGUUGGCAAGUGAAGGUAGGGGGUUACUGAAUGUGUAGUCCAAAGCCUCAUUAGUGACUUUUGAGUGCUUUUGUUUUUUGUUUUCCCUUCUUAAAUGUGCAGCUGUGUAUAUUUUAGCCUCUAUGAGUGGUUUUGGGGGAGGUAUCAGAAGGUAAUUUUCUAGCGUUUUGACAAAAUGGUUUUUUUGGUUGGAAUUUGUUUGGAAAACUCCACAUCCGGGAAAGUAUAUGUGAAAAUAUUCUAGUCUAGUAAUUGAACUGGGGUAUUGGGUUAUUGAAUUUGGGGGUAGGGGCAAGAGGCGGCAAACGCAAAACACAGGAGGGAUAAGAAAUACAAUGUGGUUAUUAUUGCAUUCUACGAAUGCAAAGCUUUCCCCAUAUCGUUCAAUUUUUGGAAAAGAGUGUGUGCACUGAAGGACUUGCCUGGGGCAGAGGCUCCCUUCCCAUAAGAGCUGUGUGCUGAGACAGCCUCAUUAGGAGUUAUAUACAAGAUUUACCCAUAUCCAGUCUGUGUUUGAAGGCUGAGUGAAAACAUUAGUGUAUGUGGAUGGCGACCAGGGUCAUCACAAUGUUGUUACCGGGAGAUUGAAGUGCAAGUUUUCACUACAACCAAACCUCUGCGCUCCUUAGUUCAGCGUCCUGUAGAGACAGCAUUUAAAGGCACCUAAACAACACCUGCGUAUACUUUGUACCGGGUCUUAGACUCAUAAGGAGAAUGCCCUGGCUCAGUUUCGCUAGACUUAUUUAUAGUAAGUGAAUUAUCUCCCAACAAUACAGCCAGAUUGGUGCACAAGGAAUACUGGCUCCAGGGUGGUCCUUCCGCAAGUUUAUAUUCUAGCGACCUUAAUGAUCACAGAAGAGAUGGUGAUUUUUGUUACCCUUUUGAAGUUUCAGGCACCACUGUAGGCUGUUAACUAACAAGACUCAAAAGUCCUAAGACAGUGAAAGCACCCUCAAAAGUAGUUAGUUGCCAGCUUAAGACUACUUUACGGCUCAUAAUCUAGGCUCAUCGCCAAGGUCGUCGCCUUGAGUUUCUUUGUGAGAGAGGAAUCCAUCCCAUGGGUUGGCGUGGUUGGUUUAGUUUUACCAAAGAAGAGCAAAUCUAUUAAUACUGAGUUGAUGCAAACUGAAUUAAGGAGGAAUUGCUAUUUUGCAACUAGUACCGGAAAGCUCUGUAACAGAGGCAGGCAGGGGCCCAAAAAUCAGCACAACCAAAUGUAUGCAAGCGCCUUGCGGCCUCUGUGCUUACAGUCGUGUACACACAACUGUAGAGCACCAGGUCACAAAGGCGAGUAAACAGAGAACCAAAAUGGCGCCUGGCGUCCUUGAAAAAGCCUCUCUUGGUCGUGUCCCUCCCUGAGGAGGCCCCUCCCUUCCCGCUUCGUUGAGUGACUGGUAGCGGACGCCAAUAGCGUCCCUGGCCCUGCUUGCUUUUGGUUCAACCGCCUAUCAGCACGAGCCAGAGGGCAAGCGGGGCGGGGCGGCACCCUUGCGCGCGCCGCCGGGUACACGGGCUCCGCGUUCUCGCGCGGCUGCGGCACACGGGUUCGGCGGUCUCGGAAGCCAGGAGUUGGGCCCCGCGUGGGCUGGAGCGGCUGCCCUUCAGUUCCACUAGUGAGGACCCGGGGCCCUUCCUGCUGGAUGGGACACGCUGCCUGUAGACGGAGGACGCAUCUCACUGGGAAUGCGAUGCAAUCCCUGGCGCCCAUCUGAGUCACCUUAGAGUAAUAAUCAACAUUAACUGGAGGCGCUGUGCACAUGUGAUAAACGCCCUGGGAUUUAGUUUUCCAAGUUCCUGUGUCUUCACAGAUGCAGUAAAAUCCUCUGUAUCAGUGAAGGCUGUGGGACACCAGUGUGCUGUGCGCUUAGGGAGCACAGGACCCACUAAGCUGAGGAGAAGCAGCCAUGGACUGUGUAUGUCUUCACCCGCUAGCCCACUCCUCCACCACAGAACCCACAGCCUGGAGCCCCAGCUCUUCUGACCACCUUCUACGAGAAAGGAAAGUACGUUCCUUGUGAAUUCCAAGCACUUCCCUGCUGAAGGCCAGUUAUCUGGAGCACUGGUGAAGCGGCCUGGCAGUGUGCACACAGUUACCCGCGUCCAUCAACUAUGUCCUUCAGUGCCACCAUUCUUUUCUCCCCUCCCAGCGGCAGUGAAGCCAGAUGCUGCUGCUGUGCCUGUAAGAGCGAGACUAGCCAGGGCAGCACGGGUUCUCAGGGCGGGAAUCCUCUUGCCGGUACCCCCAUCACAGUGACUGGACAUGGCCUGGCAGUCCAAAGCUCCGAACAGCUCCUGCACAUUAUCUACCAACGCGUGGACAAGGCAGUGGGUCUGGCUGAGGCUGCUCUGGGGCUUGCGCGGGCCAACAAUGAGUUGUUAAAACAGCUCCAGGAAGAAGUGGGUGAGCUACGGCAGGGGAAAGUGUGCACCGCUGAUGAAGAUGGUGAGAGCAGGGCCCGCAGCCCACCACCCGAAGAGCCUGGAGUGCUCAAGGGGAGUCCAGGAGAAGCCUCCAAGACCGUGCCUGCCAUGGAGGAAGAGUGUGAUAGCGUGGGCAGUGGUGUGCAGGUGGUGAUCGAGGAGCUGCGGCAGCUGGGGGCUGCCUCCACCGUGGGACAAGGACCCUUGGGCUUCUUUGCAGCCCCCCAGAGAGAUGCGCGGCUUCCAGGAUGCACUCUGGCUGCGGUAGAGGGAGCCCCGAUGCUAAACCCAAUGGCGGCGGACGACUAUGCGGCCUCUGAGGGUUCAAUUCAACGAGUGUUGGUCCCUGCUUAUGCCAAACAGCUGUCACCAGCCACACAACUGGCUAUCCAGAGGGCAUCCUCAGAGCCAGGACCAGAAGGUGGAACCAAGCUGCCAGCAACCCGCCCCGAGGACAUGCUUGGAUCUGCAGCGCUGGACAGUGCCUUGGAGGAGUCAGGCCCCGGAGGCACUGGGGAAUUGAGCCGCUCUCUGGGAUUUAUUGGCUCCCCGUGCAGGAUCCGAGGAACUGGGCAGAAAAACUCCAGGCGUAAGCGAGAUCUGGUGCUCUCUAAACUGGUCCACAAUGUGCACAACCACAUCACCAAUGACAAGAGAUUCAAUGGGUCUGAAAGCAUUAAGUCGUCUUGGAAUAUUUCAGUAGUGAAGUUCCUUCUGGAAAAGCUCAAGCAGGAGCUGAUGGCGAGUCCCCACAAUUACACUGACAAGGAGCUGAAAGGAGCCUGUGUGGCCUACUUCCUUACCAAGAGGCGAGAGUACCGAAACUCUCUCAACCCUUUCAAAGGUCUAAAGGAGAAAGAGGAGAAAAAACUUCGAAGUCGCCGAUAUCGGCUUUUCGCCAAUCGGUCCAGUAUCAUGAGGCACUUUGGACCCGAGGACCAGCACCUGUGGAAGGACGUGACAGAAGAACUGAUGUCCGACGAGGAGGACAGUCUUAAUGAGCCAGGGGUGUGGGUGGCCCGCUCUCCCCGAUUCAGGGCCCAGCGCCUCACGGAGCUCUGCUAUCACCUGGAUGCUAACUCUAAGCACGGCACCAAAGCCAACCGUGUGUACGGGCCGCCCUCAGACAGACUGCCUUCUGUGGAAGCCCAGCUCCUUCCUCCCGAGCUUUACAACCCCAAUUUCCAAGAAGAGGAAGGAGGAGGCAAUGAGAAAGGGCCUGUCUCUCCAUCCUACGACCAGCCCCACAAGUCAUCCUGUCCUGACUUGAACUCGUUCAUUGAAAUCAAGGUGGAAAAGGACGAGUACACUCUAUAACAAGGAUAACCGGCUCCUGUCACUCACUCCUACGUCCCAGAAAUGGACGGCUCAGAUCCGAAGGCGCCUCCGGCAGCCUAGAAAAGAAACUCUGCUUUUCUUAAUAUUUCCACUUGAAGCGGAGCUGGAGACUCUGGUGGGGUAGUAGGACUUACAUAGAAGGCAAGGGAGGGUGGCCAGCCCUGCCCGCCCCGACCCACCACCCACCUACCCAUCCCGGUGAACGGCAACCCAGAAAAUGCUUAUUCCCAAGCAUAAACAGUGCCUCAGAGGAGCCUGGGAUGCAAAGGAAGAUGGGCCAGAGAAACGAGAGGCCUUGAUCCACGUCCCAUCUCUGACUUUGUUUGUCCCCCACAUCCCACUUGUACCCAUAGCUCAGGAGAAACACUUGCUGGUCUUGUGCUGCCGCGGAGGCCGAACAGAGCAGUCCAGGGUGAUACUGCCCCCUGGUGGGAAGUUUCGGUCACUGGGCUUUCUAGUCUGAGCAGGGGAUCAUGGGCUUACCGCUAUUUGGAAUUAGGGUGUAGAUAUGAUAGUUAUUGUUUGGAUUUUUAAAAUGAUAGUUAUUGUUUGUUGCAUUAUAUGAGAAAAUUUUAUUAUUUCCAUAUUACAUGUGAGGAAAUUAAAGUUUAAACAUUUCUCA